AUGGUGAAGGAACAUGCUGUUAUGCACGACCACACGAUGUCCGACUCAUCCAACAAUGUGGCCGUUGAGCCGAUUGCCUUGAGCGUGAAACGGUUUUUGUCCCCUUACAUUACCGAGCAAAACAGCCCUCAGUCUACGAUAAUUGUGAUGAAGAAUUUGACAGUUGAAGGCAGUGGGACAGGCGCCGCACCCGCCCCUAGCGUGUUCACAGAGGCAAAGUCUGGCUUCGGCCUGUGGGAGCCGAUUCAGACCAGGAUGCAUCAUCCGUCAUCGCGGCCAAUUCUUCGAGAUUUCUCUGCUGCCAUCCAACCGGGCGAAAUGGUCUUGGUAAUUGGAAAACCUGGCAGCGGUUGUACCACGUUUUUGAAGACACUUGCCGGCAUGUGGAGUGAGUAUAAGGGGGUUGAAGGUGAUUUGACACUUGGAGGACAGCCCAUGCAGUCCGUUAUGGAUAAAAAUCCCCAGGAUGUUGUAUUUUGCGCCGAGUCUGAUGACCACUUUCCUACCUUGACUGUUUUUGAAACACUACGAUUCGCACUUAGAGCGCGAUGUGGGCCCGAGCCAAGUGCGUCAGAGGUCGAUGAGAGGGUUCGGUAUCUAGCCCAACUGGUCGGACUCAGCCAUGUGCUCAACACCAAAGUUGGAGAUGCUUAUAUUCGGGGAGUAAGUGGAGGGGAGAGGCGCCGUGUCUCAUUGGCUGAGGCGUUAGCAACAUGUGCGCGGUUGAUUUGCUUGGAUAACCCGACCAACGGUCUGGACUCCUCGACAGCCCUUGAAUUCAUGGAGAUGAUGCGAGAGUGGACAUUGCAGAGCCAGUGCGUGACCGCCAUGAGCGUCUAUCAAGGCAGUGAUGCCAUCGUGCCAUACUUCGACAAGGUGGUUGUCAUCAAUGCUGGACGCCAAAUCUUCUACGGGACCAUCCCCGACGCCAAAGCGUACUUCCUCAGUCUGGGCUUUGAAUGUUCACCUGCUACUACCACCACAGACUUUUUGAACUCCAUGUCCGCUGAUCCUGAAGUACGCCGUGUACAUGAAACCCGCCGGAAUCGAGUACCGCAUACACCAGACGAGUUCCAAGAUGAAUUUAGACGCAGCGUUCACUUUAAAAGGCUCCAAUCCGCCGUACAGAGUGCCAUGUCUCUUCCUGCCGUGGUACAUCCUAACAAGUCAGACCAAUACGCUUUGCCACUUUAUCAACAGAUAAUGUACUGUACUACGCGCCAGGUGCGCAUCAUUCAGCACAACUAUAGCUCCUUGCUUGUGGAAGCCAUGUGUAUUGUCGUCCAGAGUUUGAUCCUAGGAACUUUGUUCCGAAACCAAAAAAGAGACACAGGGUCCCUGUUUAUCUUCGCAUCUGCUCUCUUUUACUCUGUCCUUGUCCCCGCCCUGCAAGCUAUGGCAGAGUUUCGCAGUACUUUCGCUCAGCGACCGCUUAUCCUCAAGCACAAGCGAUACAGGCUCUAUCGACCCAUGGCCUAUGGUUUUGGAUUGAUCAUGACGGAUAUCGUCUGGAAAGUCUUCGUCAUAUUUUGGAAUAUUCCUCUCUAUUUCCUGACUGGAUUCCAGCAGAACGCUGGCAAUUUCUUCACCUGGUUUGUCGUGGUGUAUAUCGAGCAUCUCGCUUUGUCCAUGUUCUUCCGUUCUGUGGCAGUGUUCUCGUCUAACAUGUAUCGUGCCGUCCUCCCAGUCGGUAUAUUCUUUAACAUGUAUGUUCUGUACACAGGCCUCUAUGUGCCACCGCCUCAGAUGCAGGUGUGGUUAGGCUGGCUCAGAUACCUCAAUCCCCUUCACUACGGUUUCGAAUCUGUCAUGAUCAAUGAGUUCGCCGAUCUGAGCUACGAAUGCAGCAAAUCAGACCUGGUCCCAUCAGGGCCUGGCUAUGCCAGUCUUGCCAACCAGGUGUGCGCUGUGGUAGGCUCUGAGCCCGGUCAACGACUGCUGUCCGGAAUGGCAUAUAUCAAGGCACAGUAUGGCUUUGAAAGGGGAAACCUCUGGCGAAACUUGGGGAUCAAUGCGGCAUUCUUUAUUGUUUUCGGUCUGGCUUCAGCGAUUGGCAUGGAACGUCUUAAGCAACCAGCAGGCCGGUUGGCAACCGUAUUCUACCGAGGUAUGAAAUCGAAAAAUCCUUCUUCCCGACAAGUAUCGAAAUCAAUGGACCAAGAGAGUGGACCUGUGGAUCUCGAUGUUCCCCCAGUGCAAGAAGAAGCCAUAACUCGCGAACGAAACACAACCAUUGAGUAUCAGUCUCGCAGUUUGACCUGGACAGGGCUUAACCUUGACGUCAAAACCAAAGACGGUCAGAAACGCCUCUUGAAUAACUUGAAUGGGACUGUCUAUAGUGGACAGAUGAAAGCGUUAAUGGGUGUGUCUGGCGCUGGCAAAACCACCUUGUUGAAUGCUCUGGCUGGCCGAUCAACGGUUGGAACACUGAAGGGGACACUGAUGCUGAACGGACAGCUUCUCCCCAAGUCUUUCAAUCGUUACAUGGGCUAUGUGCAGCAGCAGGACAUUCACCUCCCCACGCAGAGUGUGCGAGAGGCACUGCAGAUGACCGCCCGCCUUCGUCGACCACAAGAGAUAUCCCUCGAAGAGAAAGACGCCUAUGUCGAAGAGGUCAUUCAGUCACUGGAUAUGGAAUCUAUCGCGGACGCUUUGAUUGGUACACCUGGAGCAGGUCUCAACCUGGAGCAGCGCAAGAAGGUCAGCAUUGGCGUAGAGAUGGCUGCAAAGCCCGACAUUCUGUUCUUAGAUGAGCCGACUUCCGGUCUCGAUGGGCAAUCCGCGUACUCUAUCGUUCGACUCCUCCGAAGAUUGGCAGAUUCGGGACAGGCUAUCAUAUGUACUAUCCACCAACCCGCUGCGGAAUUGAUUGCAAUAUUUGACGAACUAUAUCUUUUGGCUCGUGGCGGUCAAUUAGUGUAUGAGGGUCCCUUGGGUGUGGACUGCCAGCAGGCCGUCACUCACUUUGCACAAUAUGCUCGCCCGUGCCGUGAGGGCGAAAACCCCGCCGAGUACUUCCUGGAGGUAAUUGGUGCUGGCACACGUCAAGAUAUUCAGAUAGACUGGGUCGACAUUUGGAAGCAAAGCCGUGAUCAGGCCUCGGAAAAGCCGAAUGCGCUUGCAUCUGCUGAAAUUGAUGGUUCACGCAAUCAUGAAGACCAUUCUUCGUCCUCACUCUACGCGGCACCAUUUUACUACCAAAUGCUCGUACUACUCAAGCGGACAUGGCUCUACUACUGGCGGGCGCCGGAUUAUGUUAGAGCCAAACUAUGGUUGAACGCCGGUAAUGGAUUGUUAAAUGCAAUGACCUAUCUCAACUCCCCCCUGACCCAGCGAGGGGCCUACAACCGCGUCUUCUCGUCGUUCAUGUCAUUGAUUGUCGGCCCACCACUGGGACUGCAGGUGCAGCCGCGGUUCGUCAUGUUGCGAAACAUCUUUGAGCACCGUGAACGCGAGAGUCUGACUUACCACUGGCUAGCAUUCAACUUGUCUGCCAUUCUUGUGGAGUUGCCUUAUGCAUUCCUUACCUCACUCGUAUAUUGGCUGCUUUGGUACUUCCCUGUGGGCUAUUUCCGAGAUGCCAAUCAUGCAGGAUACAGUUUCUUAAUGUAUCAGCUCUUCUCCGUGUUCGCAACCAGCUUGGCUCAACUGUGCGCCUCGCUGAUGCCAACCGUUGAAGCCGCGCUCUCUGCCAAUGGAUUCUUUUUCAUGUUUUGUAACACUUUCGCUGGUACCUUGUCCCCAGAACCGGUGACUCCGGCAGGAUGGCGUUGGUACUACAAGGUUUCGCCCCUGUUUUACAUGAACGAGGGCGUCGUGGUGGACGUCCUGCAUGAUUUGCCCCUCCAUUGUACCGACUCAGAGGUGUCCAUUUUCCAGCCACCAAACAGCACGACCUGCUAUCAAUAUGCCGCAUCUUUCCUUGAGAGUGCAACGGGAUUCCUGGUCAACCCGAACAGCACAGCCAAUUGCGAGUACUGUCCAUACAAGAAUGGCCAAUCAUAUUAUUCGCAAUAUGACUACAGCUUUAGUCACCGCGGCCGAAACGUCGGUGCAUUCAUCGGGUUUAUUGCCUUCAAUUUCACCAUGGUUCUGGUCAUUACUUAUCUGACGCGUGUUCAUCGCCGCCGCUGA